CUAGCUUUUGAGACAUGGACGCCUCAUCUGCCAACAUGACUGUGGUUUUACAGUAUCGAGACUCCUUCACCAAAGCCGUGACCAAGAAUGUUAUUGUCGUGGUCAUCGGGAUCUCCAUCAACUACAUCAAUGCCAGCCUCAUUCACACCUUCUGCAAACACCAGAUUUUCUACAUGAAUCCUCGGUAUAUGCUUUUUAUUCACCUGGUGGUCAAUGACAUGAUGCAAGUGAUGGUGACCAACAUUCUGUUCAUCAUCAGCUACACCAUCUACAAACUCCACGUUUCCAUAUGUUGCGCCUUUGUCUUGCUUGCUGCGUCGACCACUGAAAACACUCCUCUGAACCUAGUCUGCAUGGCAGUGGAGUGCUACAUCGCCAUUUGCUUACCACUUCAUCACGCUCGGAUCUGCACCGUCAAAAGAACGUUAAUGCUGAUUGGUUUAAUCUGGGUAAUCAGCAUGUUGUCUGUUCUUCCUGAUCUCUUCGUCACCUUGGCUACACAGCCUCUUGAAUUCUUUCACUCUCGUGUGUUUUGCCUCACAGAAACUGUAUUUCCAAAUCCCCACAUCAUCAAGAAGAAGGAUAUUACAUAUAUUGUAUAUCUGGUUAUAGUUUGGUUUGUUAUCUUUUAUACUUACUUCAAGAUUCUGUUCACUGCAAAAACAGCAAGCAAAGAUGCUAAAAAGGCCAGAAAUACAAUCAUCAUCCACGGCUUUCAGAUUUUGUUAUGUAUGGCUACAUAUGCAGAUCCUCUGCUGAAACAGGCUCUCCUGCUAUGGUUCCCUAAGAAUUAUUCAGAUUCCCUCUUUGCCUGUUACAUUAUUAUCCAGGUCCUGCCCCGAUCCAUUAGUCCAAUCAUCUAUGGUAUAAGAGAUAAAACUUUCAGGAAGUACCUAAAAAAGUACCUCAUAUGUAAAGUUAGUCCACAGUAA